AUGAAACAUCAAACUUAAGAAAAUUCAUAAAAAACAACUAUUGUUAUAAAAGAAUAAAACAAUUCAUCUAGACAAACUUAAGAGAAUAAAAAAAUUUAAUUUUUAGUUACAAAUAAGUAACAAGGUUAGUCUGAAUUAGAUUUUUAGUAGUUUAUGAUAGAAAAAUUGAAUAAAUAUAGAAAAAAUAUUAGGAACCUUGAUAUUCAAUAUUAAAUUAAUCAUUAUGAUUAUUAAGUGUAAAAAUUAGAUAAGAAAAUGGAAAAAUUAGAUAAUUAAGUGUAAAAAUUAGAUAAUUAGAGUAUGCAAGAGUAAGGUGUUCAAUUCCCUAAAUUAUUAACUUUAUCGUAUUCUAAUUUUUCUGAAGAAUAUAAAGUGCAGGAAUAAAAGAAUUAUGAUGAAAUACUAGAAUUCGAUAAACUUAUUAUGAAACUUAGUUUGGAUACAAUUGAGAUUUAUGAUUAGAAAGGAGUGUUAUAAGAAAGUAAAAAGUCUUUACCAUUUUCAGAUACACAUUAAUCAAAAAGUAUUAAGUAUAAUCAUAUUUUUGGAUAAAAGGAUUUUAAAUUAUUAUAAUCAACUGGAAUGUUUGUUACUAGUAAUAUUGUUGAUUCUUAUGCUAAUUAUUUAAUGCUUGAGGAUGAGAAAGUAUACUUUAGUUUGAAAGCUGAAGAUCGUAAGAAAUAUAAAAGAACAUACAUUUUUUGUUCUGAUUACAUAACAAAUUGUUCAAUUAAUGUUGGAAACAAUAAAUACAAAUGGUUAACGUUAUUUUAUGAAUAACUUAAUAAUUUUGAAUCAAUUUAAUAUUAAUUUUGGCAUAUUUAUCAGAAUAUCAUUUUUGUGGUAAAUCAUAAUUUCCAUUGGUUUUGUAUUUAAUUGGAUUUGAAAAAGGAUAUUAUGGAAAUUUAUGAUUCUAUUCCUAAAAGUCUAACUGCAUAUUAAUGUUUCUAAGUAUUAUUUUAAACAAUUUUCAGUGAAAUAAUGAAAAUCAAGCCUGAAUUUAAAAUCAAAAUAAAUAAAGAAUUUUCACAACAAAAGGAUAGUUAUUCAUGUGGUUAUUUCUCUUGUAUAGCAUUGAAUUAUUUGUAUUAUAAAUAAUAAUAAAUGGAAUAAUAGAUUGAAAAGAAAUAAAGAUAGAAAUUUAUUAGUAAAGAUGAGAUGAAAUAAAUCUUAAGAAAUUUAUUGAUUGAAUAAGAUGAUGAUUGA